AUUUUUAUUUUGACUGUCAUUUGUGCGGCAAAACAAACAUUUUUUUUUUGUAAAUUUUUCUUUAAUAAUUUUCUUAAUUCUAUUUGAAGAGUUUGUUUUAAUUUUUUCAGAUUUACUUAAUGGAUUCCAUAAAAAUACCAUUGGUACCGCAAUGGAAUUUAAUAUCAUCUUGCACAUCUACACCAAACGAUGGUUUCCUUUAUAUUGGUUCUAAAUGUAUCAAUUACGUAUCAAAAAUUCUACCAUAUACAAAAAUCGAUGACGGUCACUUACCCGAAGUUAAGGUCUUUCAUACAAGGCAACAAGUAAAAGGUAUUGACUGUGAUCCAGAUUGGUCAAAAGAAAAAUAUUUCGCUGCCUUGGUAGGGGAUAAUUCAGUACAAAUUUGGGAUUUUGAUAAAGGAAAAGCAAAAAUUGGUCAUAAAGCCCAUAUAAGACAAGUACAUGGUGAUGGCGAUGGACCUCCAUUAGAAAAUGUGCGAAUGUGCUUCCUAAAAAACCGGACAGUGCUUUCUGUUGAUUCAUCAAAUUUAGUGAUAUUAUGUCUUGCUUCAAAUACUUAUAUUAAAAAAAGGAGAAUCAUUCCAUUGAAACAUGAUAUUUCUAUUAUUAAAGGAUCGCCUUAUGAUGAAAACAUAUUUGCAGCAGGAACUACACGUGGUUUGAUUCUGCUUGUAAAUUUGAAAAAUGAAUCUACACUAUUUACUUUACGUGGUCAUGAUACAGAAAUAACUUCUUUAAGCUGGAAUGGGAUUGGAUGUAAUAGACCUGAAUCUUUGCCCCUUCCAACAAGAUUAAGCGAAGAAACGCUUUCUUCAAAGCCAACAUUGAAAACAGUAACAAACACUACACCAAAAAGCGCAAAUAAAAAAAAACAAUGCACGAAUAAUGAUGAUAUAUUUGAUAUAUAUGACUAUGACUAUUUAGAAAAUGAAUUUGGUGCUCCUCCUUCGAAAGUAAAUUAUAAAAGUGAUGACGAAUAUUUUAUAAAACAUAAUCAGGUAAAAACAGAACCGGACUUUGUUGGAAGUGAAAAUUUUGAUUUUGCUGAGGCAUGCCAAAAUCUUAAAGAAGAUAUAAUAGCUCUCAAAACGGAUUCACUUGCAGAAAACGAUCAGCCCAAAAUAUCUAUACAAGUUGAUUUAAAUGACUGCAAGUUGGCGAUUGAUACUUUAGGUAGCAAAAAUAAUUCAGUUUCAACCGUUUCAAAUGAUGGAAGCCUAGAAAUGUUGGAUCGUAGUUCUGAAGAAAGUUCUUUAAUUGCCAAUCAUGAAUUAGUUCAUAAAGUUGAUGUUCAUCAUCCUGGAAUUAUUUCCAAACUUGAUGAUGUAACUGAUUCGAAUAAAAUAGGCCAGCCAAAAGAUGUUAUAUUAGCAUCUGGAAGUCACGAAUCAGUUGUGUGGAUCUGGGACACAAAAAAUGGUUCGGCAAUCGAUAAAAUACACUUAAAAACCUCUUCGCAAAAUUCUUUUAUUGAAGUAUGUUGGUUGAAUCAGGACUCACUUUUGACUAAUACAAGAGCUGGUGAGCUCGUUCUUUGGGAAAAGAAAACAGAUGAAACCAAGCAAAAAACUUGCUUCAAACAAUCAAAACGAACCUUCUCCCAUCGUGGGGUGGUUUCUCUUUGUAAAUUGAAGAAUUCUGAAACUAUAUGGACCAUAUCAUUUUAUCGUGAAAUUACUUGUGAGGAUAUUAACGAAAAUAAAAUAAUAGCGAAAUAUUCUUGUGCGUCUACUAACAUAGCAUCUAUUAGAGAAAGGCCCGAUGACAUGAAUAAAAUCGGCUUCGCGUGUGCUGAUCGCCGCAUUGGAAUUUUAAAUAUUUCAAAUAUAUCCUCCAACAAUAUUUAUAUAGAAAAUUGCGCAAACAAAAUUGAAUCGGCUGUGAUGUCUAUAGCUUGGAGUUCUUAUGAUUCUUUAUUAGCCUUUGGCACUAUGGAAGGAAGGAUUGGAAUUCUUGAUUCUGAAAAACCUGCCAAUGCACCUGUAAAUUUCAAUCCAUUUUGUGGAAAACCUAUCUAUUGUAUACAGUGGCAAGAAAAUAAAAUUUUCGCUUGCGGAAACAAAAAAAUAGCUGUUUAUUCUAGCAAUAAGAAAAAUAAAGAUCCGUUUGUGUUGGAAAAUAUAAAUGAUGCAUCAACAUUAUCUCUUCAUGGAAGAUUUCUUCUGGUUGGUACUAAUUCUGGAGCAAUCGAACUUUAUUGCAAACUUCAAGAUUCGUCCAAUUUAAAGUAUGAGCUUAUUAGCAGCAAAUCUGUCUCUUCAAAAUAUAUAAGUGAAAUUAGUUGGAGUCCAAUUAGAACAACUCAUUGUGUUGUAGUUUCUUUGACAAAUAAAAUAUGGGUUUUGUCUUUGACAAAUGAUGGAAAAUUAGAUAUAGAAAAAACGUACUAUCUUGGCGACAAUGCUCUAGGAAAUGCUUCUGCAAAAUGGAGCAAUCGAAAUGAGAAUCUUUUUUUAACAUGCGGUUUUGAUGGAGCCGUUCGCAUAUGGGACAUAAGCAACAGCAGUACCGAAAAGUGCAUAUUUUUAAAGCAAUUUAAUUGUCCAAUGCUAUGCGGUCUUUUUUCACCAAUUGAUGAAAAUGUCAUUAUAUGUGCUGGAAAGGCCACGUCUAUCGAAAUGUUCAACAUGAAAACCGAAAAAGGAUCCGAAUUCUCAAAGUCAAUGUGGAAGAGAAAUAAAGAUAAAGCAUUCGCAGAUGUACAAUGGGCUACCAAAAUGGUGAUACCGAAUACGAAUCCUGGGAGAGAUCGUAAAAAAAAUCGGAAACAGCGUGGUAUCCAAAGUAAUAUCAUGAGCACAACAGAAGAAUCUGAAACAAAAGAAGUAAUUAAAAUGUUGGAAAAGGUUGAAAUAGCAAAAGACGAAUUACACACAGAUUCAUCAGGUUGUGGUGCCUUAUUUUUAAAAAACCAUUCUACAAUGCUUCAUUUAGUAGCAAAAGAAUCAAACAAAGAUGCUUUGGAAAACUUAAUGAAGGUAUUACAAGAUACUAAAGAACUUAAUGAUGUUAAAAGUAAGAAACUGCUGUCUCAGAGGUUAUUUGGAAGUCGUGAUGACGUUAAAGAAUUAUUAGAUGAAGAACUUAGAAAUCAUCAGACAUCUGGAACAAAAUCUAUUGCAAAUUUGCUUAUUCCGCAAAUCACAGGAGAUUUAAAAGAAGAAAUCCUUAAAUGUGUUCAAAAUAAAAAAAUGACUGAAUGGCAUGUGUCUCUUGCACCAACAAUAUCUUAUGACUUUUGGAAAAAAUGUUGCAUUGCAUACGCACAUCAAUUACUCGAAUAUGGAUUAGUGUUACAAGCAUCUACAUAUCUUUUAGCAUGUCAUGAUGUAACAGAAGUAAUAGAACAAUUUCUUAAUGGAAAUUACUAUCGUGAAGCAUGGAUGAUUGGUAAAAUAUAUAGAGAACUUGAUGAUCCAAUACUUGAAAAGAUCCUAGACAAGUGGAUUAGCUAUUUAGAAAUGAAUGGUCAUUUCGAAGGAGCUGCUUUUAUAUGCGCUCUUAGCAGACAAUACAAAAAAUGUCAUGAUAUAUUAAAUAAAAGACAGCGGCCGACUGGUGAACAUUCAAAAAUUUUAGACUUUCUUACUGUAAAAUUGCAUGAAGAUAACCAACAGUAAAAUGUAUUCAUAUAUUAAAAAACAAUUAUUAUAAUAUUAAACUAUUAAAUGAACAACAAUUUCUAAAGUCAAUUUGAAUUAAAAUUAACAUUGUUUUUUUAUUAUCAUAAUUAGAAAUAUUAAAAAAUUUGAUAUGAAAUAUAUUCUCAAAUGUUUCGUAAGAGUCGUUAUGGUUCUAUU